CCAAUUCGCCGCCUUCUAUAUGAAACCAGCCAGCACUAGGCUUUUCCUUCAUACAGUCUUCCUUCUCUCUCUCUAAAAAGAAGAAAUUACACUCCUCUCUCUCUUUCUCUGACUAGAUUUGGUAUUUCGGGUCGCUAGAAGAUCGACUAUGGCGAGUUUGCUAGGCAAGGCGAAGAACUUCGUGGCGGAGAAAUUGGGUGACGUGGCGAAGCCGGAGGCUGAGGUGCUCGACGUGGAUCUGAAAGACGUGAGCCGCGAGUGCAUAUCCUACCACGCUAAGGUGUCCGUUACCAAUCCCUACAGUGUUUCCAUUCCCAUUUGCAAGCUCUCUUACUCCUUCAAAAGUACCGGCAGGGAGAUUGCAUCUGGAACAAUGCCGGAUCCAGGAUCGCUGAAUGGGAAUGAGACGACAGUGUUGGACGUGCUAUUGGAGGUGCCACACAAUGUGUUGGCGACCUUGGUGAAAGACAUAGGUGCGGAUUGGGACAUCGACUAUGAGUUGGAAUUGCGUCUCACCAUGGACCUUCCGGUGAUCGGAGAAUUCACCAUUCCUCUGAACAAGAAGGGCGCCGUCAAGCUUCCUACCCUCUCCGACUUGUUUACUUAGUGACUGAAACCAUCUAGAUUUCUCUCAUGUAAAAUUUGCCUUGUUAAUGUCUUAAUUUGUACUUCUUGCUUGAUCUAUAAAUAAUGUGCAUAAUAAAAAUAACCAGGGCGUUUGAGGGAUUUUGAAUCCAUAUAUGAGAUUAUAGGAUCUAUUGCAGCUCCUGUUUGUCUGUUUGUGAUCAAUCAACGAGUAUUUAUGUUCUUAUCUUCA